AUGUCCAAACAGUCCUCCAGCAAGAAGCAGAAACGGGACGGAGACUCAGAUUCUGACAUUGACGAUGAUCUACAGGCGAUCCAUUUCUUUGUCCCGGGAGAGAACAUCAAUGCAGCCGUGCUGGUUGACUACAUCACCCAGUAUGUCGACCGCACUGCGAGAAUCACUACAGGUCACCAUCCGAUGGACAAGUCGCGAACCGGGUUCAGCAUACUCGCAAAGAAAGCCCUCAAUGCUGUUAGCCUUCGCGAUAUCAUCAACGAUUCGAAAGAUUGGGAUCUAGAGACACAAAGCAAAAAGUUCCGGAAGGACCCUUAUCGAUAUGCGGACUCAGAUACAGCUCGGCGGCGUGCCCAUCAAGGCGCGUCGAAAGGAGGCACGGCUCGACCAGCGCAGCGGCGAGAGUCAACGGCAGAGCCAGAGCCAUACCGGCGAGAUAAGAUGGCCAGUCCCACAAUGGGCAAUGCCCCAGGGCAAUAUCAGUACCAAGGCUCGCAGGCGCCCAAUCCAGCAGCAUACUACAAGCCUCCUCAGAGGCCAGAAUACGCUUCGAGCAACUAUACCAUCUACAAUACCGUAAAUGCCACUUCUUACAGCGCCAACAUACCUGCAAAUCCCGCUUCAUACUCUACAAGUCAAUAUCAGGGUGGUUAUGCAGGGUCACAAAAACCAUACUCUGAUCUACCCCCACCUUCUUACGACCAGGCUGCUCCAAGAGGGCCACCUCGUCCCCAGACUCCAGGUCAGCCCGACCCCGACACGUUCGACAGAGAGGAAAAUCCAAGAGGGAAUCAAGCCCGCGACGUUCCUGCAUCCCGUCAGGGUUCAGUAAUACCCGGGGAGGAUUCAGCUCGUUCAUAUAAUCCUCAAAACCGUAGGCAGGCACCUUACGACGAGACAUUUCGAAGAGCAGGUCAUCGAUAG